UUGCUCUCAGCCCGGUGAAAUGUCGAACGCGUAUGGCUGCGUCAAGGUCCAGCAGCGAGCUGGGCGUCGCAGCGCUGGUGGAGCUUCAUGGCUUUCCAGAUGACGUCUCCGGCAAGGAGAUUCUCCAAGACAACGAGGCUGAGGAGUUGAAAGAGAGCCGGCUACGCGUCAAUGGUUGGCGAGGGCAGGUGGUGCAACACCAUAGAGACGGCAGAGUGCUGGUGGAGACUUUCAAAGGUCUCCGAGUGCUGGUGGCGCCCGAGAACUUGAAGGAGUUCACCCCACAACACCCAGAGAGAGGCGGCUUUCACGUGGCCUGGCCUCCCGAAGGCAGCAUGGAGUCCCUGGCGCAGUUCACUGCUACUGCAGUGGACGCCUUGGCGAAGGAUGGCUUCUGUGUGAUCCAACUUCCACUGAGGGAGGACGUGGCCCUAGACGCGGCUGUGGAGGUGAAAUGUGGCAGGUAUCGUUGGAAGCGGCUCCGGCGCGAAUUCGAGCCCGCCUACCUGGGAAGACAUCAGAAGUGCAAGACUGCAUGGCUAGAGGAGAUGGUCGAAGAGAAGGAGGAAAUGGACAGCCCUAUCGAUCCCCUGGACUUGUACUUGGCCAGAUUCACGCAGUUCCUGCUGCCCGUGGCGCCUUUCGCGUUGGACUUUGUGCCGCACAGCCGCAGCAGCGGCAUGCUACGUGUGCCAAGCAGCGCGCAGGAGGUGGGUCCCGCCGAAGCGGUGACAGACGAAGACAUUGCCAAGGGCUUGGUGGACGAACACGUCGACUAUCUGCGAAGGAGGAAACUCUGCAUGUUUCUGAUGGUUGAUGGAAGCGGCGGAGAGCUUUCCUUGUAUCCCAAGGAUGGCGAUCAGAUCACCUUGAGCGCUGAAGCUGGGCGUUUGGUGGUCUUCCGUCAUGAUCGAAUUAGCUAUGCGUAUCGACCGGACUCGGAAGAUGACCUUGUGCUUCAAGGCUGGGUGCUCACAGCACCGGCGCAGUUUCAGAUUGCCAUGACGGAAGGAGACCAGAAGUCCAAGGAUGAGGCCUUUGGUUUGAUGGCUGGGCCCAACACCCCCGAGGGUCGCCGCAUCUGCGUCUUCGGGGUGGGCGUGUCGUUGCCGGCGGCGGCGCAGGAUCAUCUGCAAAACUACUGGUGCGGCAUUGCGGCGGGCACCGAUGGUUACGUGAAAGCGCCGAUCGAACGCUUCGACAUUGAUUUGUACACCCGAACCGGAGACAACUGGGCUCCUGGCUGGACAUACACUGUGCAUGGUGGCUUCUGCAAGGACAUUCACUCCUUUGACAAUGAGUUCUUCAACGUCCCCGAAGGUGAAGCCUGGCUGUUGGCGCCUGCCAGCAAACAGCUCCUGGAACGUAGCUAUGAGGCCUUGUACAGUUCGGGUCUACAGAGGAAGAACGUCAGAGGCAAACACAUGGGAGUCUACAUCGGUCACAGUGGUGACGACUGGAGCAUUGAUCCCCGCUUUACCUCCGGGGACACAGAAGCCCAUCGCUACGGAUAUCAGGCGAGGAAAUGGUCGUGCAUUGCAGGGCGAAUUAGUU